UAGACUCCUCUCCUGGCAUCUUAGUCCCUCCCAUUAGAGGUAAGAGUGGAGGAGGAGAGGAAGAGACACGAAGAGAGAGGAGUCAACACAACAAGCAGUUAGAAAGAUGAGACAUCCUCAGUUUGAUGCCAGUGUCAUUUUAAACAUAAUGUGUGUCACGACCGCGUCAUGAAUUUAACCAGCUGCAUUUUCAGAUCUGAUUUAUGAGGUACAACAGUGUUAGACUUUAAAAAAUGAAUUAAUUAGACAAGAGUAAAACACACACAGACAGUGAAGGUCAGACUGUUUGAUCACAUAAUAAAUCAUCUAAAAUACCCGAAUGAAUGUGUGAAUACAAAAGACUAGCUGACUGAAGACUCCGUCUGCCCUCCACAGUUUGUACAUUUCAGCUGUAUACAGCGUUCCUUCUAUAUGUUUCAGGUAAAAAUACUAAUGCAAAGGAUACAUCUGUGCAUCCUCAAUGAUAGCCUCUCUAGCAGGCCUGCUGUCCCGAUGGACAGAGAACAGAGGAGGUUUAUUAUAUUUUAGGAAUUGGAAAUCUACUUCAACAAGGUUUACUGAAAUACACUCAUGGGUCCAAGGCAGGAGGAGAGAGGACAGAGUAGAGAAACAAGAAAAGCCCCAGCUGAAAAACACUGUGUUAGCAGGGUUAGUGUUUCUGUAGAUGAUUAUUUGUUGCAUUGUUGUCAGCACUAUAUUUUGUUUUUCACUUCUAUCUUUUUAAAGCUAAGCGAGUAGUUAGUAUUUUAUGCACUUUUAAGUAUUUCACAUCAAUAUAAAAUGAUCAAGUUUCCACAAAUGUGAUCUUUUUAAGUCUUGUUUGCUUAUGAAAGCUGAUUGCCUUAAAUCUUGUUUUUUUAUCGUUUGAAACACCAGCAUCAAGAGAAAUUGUUGCUUUGCUGCUUUUCUGCAUGACAAGGCAGAUGGACUGUCUGUUUUCCACACCUGCCCGCUGCUGAUGUUCAGCCAUUAGUCGGCAGGCGCGGGGAACCCCAUGCCCUUACCUGCAGCACCAGACAAGAUUAAAGGAACGAACAGACAGAGGAACUGAUAGCCAUGCUCAACAAAUCCUCCCACACAGUCUGCAGCGAUAACAAAAAAGCACUCUCAGUGGGUGUGGAAACGGCACCUGAGUACCGGCAACAAGAGAGCAGGGGAAACUAAAAUUUGCCCACUUUGAUUAAUUCAGCUGAACUUGCAAACUUUUAAUCAUGUUACUACAAUGUUUUUUAAUGUUAGUUUUACUUUAUCAGAAGAAAUUCUUGUCCCAUGCUUUGAUGAUGAUUUAAAGCAAACGUGAGAGUUUUUGUUAAUGUUAAACUGGUGUUGGAUGACAGUUAGAAAAUUUUUAAAAAAGCACUUUUACAAAUGAAGAGUUGACUGCACCAAUCAGGGUGUGCUCGGAGGAGGAGGCGGUGAGAAGAGGGAUGAUGAUGUGAGUGUUUGACAGAUGAAACAUCAGACAGUCUCUCUGCACACACACACACACGCGCACACACACACUCACAGACACAAAAUCAAGAGGCUUCCUUUGGCUGGUCAUUGUUCAGAACAUCCAUGGAAUGAGCACACGCAGAUCUGCAGCGCUUAAGCGGAUGGUGCUGCCAGCGAGACCAGAUAUUUCAUCUGAUGUAAAAUAUUUUUCAACAAAACGAUCAACCUGUCCUCAAAAACCUCUUCAGAAAGCUCACCUGUGAGAUGUUAGAGCCAAAUGUAUGCAUGCGUGUUUAAACCAGAAGUUUCAUUCUGCUAGUGCAUGUAUUUUUGUGCCUGUUGAUGCAUGUAACACGCACGGUGAGUCUGUGACUUGGCAGCGCCGGCAGAGGCAGUGCAUGUUGUUUCAGUGGUGUCUCUGUGCCGCUGCUGCUGCUGCUGUGCUCAUGGCUAAGAGGAGGGCUGCAGGUAGCUGCUGCUGCUGCCCCAGAGCGCCCAUGAAAGAGGACAAUGCUCGUUUUUGCCUGCUGGCCGGACUCAUCCUGCUCUACUUAUUGUGCGGAGCUGCCAUCUUCUCAGCCUUGGAACACCCGUUUGAGCUCCGCGCACGCCUUCUGUGGAAACAGCAGCUGGACAACUUCACCAGGAGAUACAGGGUCAACCUGGGCGCCCUGCACACUCUGCUGAGGCAGUAUGAGGAGGCAAACGGAGCUGGCAUCAGGGUGGACACUUUAAGGCCACGCUGGGACUUUUCUGGAGCUUUCUACUUUGUGGGCACAGUGGUCUCCACUAUUGGUUUUGGCAUGACCACACCGGCAACCAUAGCAGGAAAAAUAUUCCUAAUCUUCUACGGUCUCAUUGGCUGUGCUGCCACCAUCCUCUUUUUUAACCUCUUCCUGGAGAGGAUCAUCACCAUGUUAGCUUACAUCAUGCGCUGGUGUCAUGAGCGUCGGCUGAGGUGUGCUGGAGUCGGGGUGGUGUCGAGCAGGGAGGAGUCAUCUGGUGAAGAGGACAGUCUGGAAGGAUGGAAGCCAUCCGUCUAUUACGUGAUGCUGAUCUUAGGGAUAGCAUCUGUUGUGAUUGCUUGCAGUGCCUCCACUCUGUACAGCUCCAUGGAGAACUGGAGCUACGUGGACUCUCUGUACUUUUGCUUCGUGGCCUUCAGCACCAUUGGCUUCGGGGACCUGGUGAGCAGCCAGAGGCAGCAGUACGAAUCUCAGGAGGCCUACCGGUUUGGAAACUGCCUUUUCAUCUUAAUGGGAGUUUGUUGCAUCUACUCACUUUUCAACGUCAUUUCUAUCGUCAUCAAGCAGACUCUCAACUGGAUCCUGGGAAAGCUGGUCUGCUCAGGGAAGCAUCAGCUCUGUUCCUGCUCCACCCCUGGCUGCUGGUGGCUCUGCUGCCCCUGCCUCCACAACAAAAAUCACAAACAGAGGCGUCAACUGGCACACUUCAGGCCAAAACGCAUCAAACGCAACGCGGUGCAGCCCAUCUCAUCCCACCACCGCUACACAGAUGGCUCGGUUGAGACUGUGUGCGACAGCGAGACGGAUGCGGGCGCGGUGGCUGAAGUACAAGUGGGGCGUCGUUUGUCAGGGGAGAUGAUCUCUGUCAAUGAGUUCAUGGCGUCCAACAAGGUGUCUCUGGCACUGCUGCAGAAACAGCUGAGUGAAACAGCUCACCAGGGCCCGCGGCAGAGCUACAGCCAUCAGAAUGGUUUCUCUGGUGGUGUGGGAGCACUGGGGAUUAUGAAUAAUCGCUUACAGGAAACCAGUGUGGAUAGAUAGCAUCAUAAUAACACCUUAAUUGUUCUUUGGGUUCUCUAUAUUUAAGCCUUACAUUUCCUUAGGAUUUUUUUUAUUAUGAGUAAUUUGUUCUGUAUUAAAAAAAUAUCCAAGAAUAGAAUAUUUUGUUUCUGAAAAGCAGACUGUAGACAGCAAAUAAUCGUUCAUACUUUGUUUGGUGAGAAGAAAGAGAAAGUUAAAGGACAAAUACGUGUUAAAGACUUCAGCAUCAUUUGAAGAGGGGUUUGAUGUCCUGAAGUGACUGACUCACAGAAACGCAAUCAGAUGAGAGAAGCUUUGAAGGAGCACUUAGAGAGGACUGCUGAUUUAAGGACACUGCACAUGUCCCCCUCCCCGAGCUCCUCAGAAGACAUCGUUGUACAUAAGGUGGUAGUUAGUGAACGUAGAAACCAAAAUAUCUCCUCUUAGAUAACUAGCUGCAUAUAUAAAACAGUUCAAAUAUGAUUUGUAUUUAAACAGAGCUUCUCAAACAAACUGCAGGAGCUCAGAAGCACCAAGAAAGACAUUUUUCAAUUGGACAUCAUUGAAAUUCAGAGUAAUCAUGAAAGAGAUCCAGGGUUUUCAAUUGAGACCUAAUGAAACAUGACUCGUAGAGGACGUCCUUAUGUCAACGAGGGCUUUGCAGAUAGCCACAGGAUCACGUCAGCAGAGCAGAGAGAAAGAUUUAGGUAACUAGAUGAAAUCCUUUACUAUGCAACAAAACCCGUUUGUAAUUCAUUCAUGUAUAAGGAGGGUUUUU